AGGGCGGGACUAGGGAAAUCGGGGCUGGUUUUGUGCGCAGGGUGGCAGGUGUAGCGAUGAGGAGCGAGGCUCGGCGGGCUGGAGAGGGUGGCCCCGCACGGCAGUCCCGGCAGCAGCCCGCUCUCAGGAGCAUGGCAGCGGCCCCGCCGCGCCGCGCCCCACGCUGAGCCCUGCCGAGCCCGCGGUGCCACCGUCAGUGCCAUUGCCAUUGCCAUUGCCAUGCCUCCCCAGGAGCUCCUGGAUUACCCGCCCGCCCUGCGGAGACACAGCCCGCCCCGCGGCAGCGGCCCGGAGCUGGGGAUCAAGUGCGUGCUGGUGGGCGAUGGCGCCGUGGGCAAGACCAGCCUGGUGGUCAGCUACACCACCAAUGGGUACCCCGACGAGUACCAGCCCACCGCCCUCGACACCUUCUCCGUGCAGGUCCUUGUGGAUGGAGCCCCAGUCCGGAUUCAGCUGUGGGACACUGCUGGACAGGAGGACUUUGACUGUUUGCGCUCUCUUUGUUACCCUGACACCGAUGUCUUCCUUGUCUGCUUCAGUGUGGUAAACCCAAGCUCCUUCCAAAACAUUACAGAGAAAUGGAUCCCUGAGAUACGAACUCACAACCCGCGGGCGCCAGUGCUGCUCGUGGGGACACAGGCAGACUUGCGGGACGAUGUCAAUGUCCUCAUCAGCCUGGAUCGCUACCACGUGAAGCCUGUGCCCCGGCCUCAGGCAGAAGGUCUAGCUGACAAAAUCCGGGCUGAAGCCUACCUGGAAUGCUCAGCACUGACCCAGAAGAACCUUAAAGAAGUUUUUGACAUGGCCAUUGUCAGUGGUGUUGAGCACAAGGCACGUCAGGAAAAGAAGAUGACUGCCAAAGGCAUCAAGACUCUCUCCAAGUGCCGCUGGAAGAAGUUCUUUUGCUUUGUCUGAAGCUGCUUUGAGGGAGGGGAAAAGAAACACCCAAUGCCAGUAUUGGCUCUGCACCUUCUCGGAGUGACUGCUCCUAUGGCCCCAGCAAGGAGGGUAUGAUAAGCUGCUGGGCUUGGAAACCUGUCUCUUGCUGGGUACAGUAUCAAAUGCCUAGGAGACAUGAACUAGAUUUCCAUUGUGCUGAGAUGUGGAAUGGUCCAUGCAGCUAUAAUACCUGCUGGACAUGUCUGUAGCGUCCCAGACUAAUGGGAGCCUUUAAUACAUCAAGACUCAGUACCCCAGAACAGGCAGGUUCCUUACAUUGUUCAAAAUGGCCAGUUUUCUGGUUGAAGCUCACACACUUUCAGAGUUCUGAUGCAGCAUAAUAAACAUAAGGGACUUCUGAAAUCAGCCUGUGUUUUGGCUGAUUUAUAGGUGUGGCAGAGAGUAGGGCAGGGGCAGUUACAUGCAACUGCAAUGUGGCCAGGCAUGGGGUGCAGAGUUUGUAACAUGAGACUUGGGUUCCCCCUCUGAUUCCAUUUGCCAAAAUAGAUAGAAUUCACUUGUCUAUGAAAAAGCAGCACUCUUUCUUAAAGGCCCUGUACUAGGAGUACUCUUGAGAAGGUAUUUCCUAAA